UAAAAUGUCACUCAAUUAGCUUCAGUCUUCACUACAAAAAUCAAACAGCCUGAAGCCAUGGUUCUAAUAGAUCAGAUGUGGGAUGAAGUUGUCGCCGGACCUCAGCCGCAACGCGGCCUUGGCAAGCUCCGGAAAGUCACAACCGUGAACGAAAAAGGAGAAGGAAGCAGCAAGUUCCAGAAGUCUCUAUCGAUGCCGCCGACUCCAACGACGCCAGGAACUCCAACAACUCCGUCGCCAACGGCGGCGCGUAAGGAUAAUGUGUGGAGGAGCGUGUUUAAUCCCGGUAGUAACCUUGCUACCAAGAGCGUCGGAUCUAAUUACUUCGACAAUCCUAGCACCGUCGGAUCUCCAACUGUUUACGACUGGCUCUACAGUGGUGAGACAAGGAGCAAACAUCGUUAAGCGGUUGCUAAAGUCACCGAUUGGUGAGUGUAAAUAUCGUACUCUCUGUUUCGUUGAUCGCCACGUGUUCAUGUUUGCCUGUAGUGUAAUCGUCUGAUACGACGUGUAGAAGCUUAUCGUGUGUACCCUUGUUAUCGGCCGUUGGAUCAACACCGUGAUCGGUGGAUAUGGAUAUGAGAUACGACUAUAUAAAUGUGUAGUGUUUAAUGUUUAUCAACUUUAUAUCUAUAGGGUCUAAUAAUUUUUGUUAAUAGUAUUAUAUAAUUUUGUAAUGUUUUUAAUAUUAUCUUGUGUUGAUGUCUAUCUUUUGUUGAUUGUUGAUUCCGAUUAUAAUUUAAAAUUACGAAAUUAUCCCUCA